GGGCUGCCUUCCGCUGCCGUCACGGCGCGCCGGAAGUGGUGCCGGAGCGGGCAGCUGUGAGGGCGCGGCGCGGGCGGAGGCGGCGGCGAGAUGCCUGUGACAGUGGGCCCCUACGGGCAAUCGCAGCCCAGCUGCUUUGACAGAGUCAAGAUGGGUUUCAUGAUGGGCUUUGCAGUGGGCAUGGCAGCAGGAGCACUGUUUGGCACUUUUUCCUGCCUCAGGAUUGGCAUGAGAGGACGGGAGCUGAUGGGUGGAGUUGGCAAAACGAUGAUGCAAAGUGGAGGGACGUUUGGGACGUUCAUGGCUAUUGGUAUGGGAAUCCGCUGCUAGUGUGCAGCUUGGGCUUUGUCCUGGAGUGCCCCUGGCUGGCUGUUUCUCCUCUGUACCAUAAUAAAAUGUUGAGAUACCUGGAGGUGAGAGCUCCUCAUGA